AUGGCUGGUUUUUGUCUUUGUUGUCGAAAUUUUUGUAACGAAUUCAAAGCAUUUGCUCUUCGAGGAAAUGUCGUUGAUUUAGCCAUUGGUAUUAUUAUUGGUACAGCAUUUACUAAUGUAGUUCAAUCACUUGUCGAUGAUAUACUGACACCUCCAUUUGGUCUUAUAUUGGGUGGUGUGGAUUUUGUUAAUUUAACGAUUAAAAUGAAAAAUUUCGUUUAUAAGGAUCAACCACCUGUUGUUAUUCGUUAUGGAAAAUUUAUUCAAACAAUAAUAUCUUUAUUAAUUAUGGCAUUUGCAUUAUUCUUUGUUAUUAAAGGUAUUAAUAAAUUACGUCAAAUUACAACAAAACAAAAAGAAGAAAAUAUAAAAAUUGAAACAAAUGAAGAAGUUAAAGUAUUACGUGAAAUUCGAGAUUUAUUAGCAAAACAAUCUUCAACUGAAGGAUAG